GUUGUGUUAGUAACAGGAUGUCCAGUCCUUAUUUACAAAUGGAAAGCACAUUUUUCAACUCUUGUUAUCUACAAUUUGUGGACAAUAUUUGUCCUUAUCGGAAUGGUAGAUAAAGCCUUGCACGACAAACAGACCAAAGCUGACUGAUAAAUGAGACUGUCAAAGAGAUGGAGAAUAGGCCUCUGUUUUCUGGCAUCCUAGAGCCUGUAGGUGUUUUUGUACACUGCCAUCUGUUCACAUCCUUUGGCUUAGUUGUCUUUUGUCUGAUUACAUCUUAUGGGCUGACAUGUGACAGCCAGUGCCAGAGUGGGCUUUGGAAAGUGUGGGAGUAUGUGGAGCUGUGAGAGAAGAAGGAAGCGGGCGUUGCCUUAAGAUCAGUGGAAAAGGAGCUUUAACACUCUGAAAGUUAUAUUAGGCCUACUACAUAAAAAAAAAAAAAAACACUAAUCCUCUGUCAUUCCAGAGACAUGUUUUCAGUGUAAAAAGACUUCCACUGAAUACAAGCGUCUUGCAAGCACCGCUCUUUGAUCAAUUAUUCACACUGACACGUUAUGCCAGCUCUGAAAAAGCCCUAUAAAUUGUCUGCAUAACCUGCACACUCUGCUAAAGCAUGCGCCCCAGCCCCUCUCUGCUGCAAGGAGCUAUUUCGGAGCAUGACAAGCAGAUGUACAAAAUAAUGAUAAAAAAAAUAAAUAAAUAAAACAAAUAAAGCUCUUCACAUGUAACAGACGGUGGCUCGACUAGCAUGAGGUGAAUCGCGGAUCACGCGGUUCAGAGAAGAACAGUGAGCGAUUUUUAUGGUGCACUACGUCCACAGACGUCUGGUUUUCUUGACGUCAGGAGAAGUCUGAGCGGACCCAGCGCUGCGCACAAGCACAGCAACCACAUCGCUCCCAGAGGGAAGGAGAACGCACCACAGCUACAGAUCGCCAUUCAGCUGUAGUGUGGCGAAUCCGACCAGCCUUGUAGGAUGCCUCUUGGAGAGGAAGGAAAUGGAUGGAAAAAGAAGACAUCAGACAUCAAAGAACAUUAUGACUUCAAAGAAGUCCUGGGAACGGGCGCCUUCUCCGAGGUGGUUCUAGCAGAGGAGAAGAGGACCCAGAGGCUGGUGGCCAUCAAGUGCAUCCCCAAGAAGGCACUAGAAGGCAAAGAGAACAACAUCGAAAAUGAGAUUGCCGUACUACACAGAAUCAAGCACCCGAAUAUUGUUUCACUGGAGGACAUCUUUGAAAGCACAUCCCACCUAUAUCUUGUCAUGCAGCUGGUGUCCGGAGGCGAGCUGUUCGACAGGAUUGUGGAGAAAGGCUUCUACACAGAGCGAGAUGCCAGCCAGCUCAUCCACCAGAUCUUGGAUGCAGUCAAAUAUCUCCACGAUAUGGGGAUCGUCCACAGAGACUUGAAGCCAGAGAACUUGCUGUAUUACAGUAUGGAUGAAGACUCCAAGAUCAUGAUCAGUGACUUCGGACUGUCAAAGAUCGAGGGAGCGGGCAGCGUCAUGUCCACGGCCUGCGGUACUCCCGGUUAUGUGGCUCCCGAAGUGCUUGCUCAGAAGCCCUACAGCAAGGCAGUGGACUGCUGGUCAAUAGGAGUUAUUUCAUAUAUUCUGUUAUGUGGAUAUCCUCCGUUUUAUGACGAAAAUGAUGCCAAGUUAUUUGAGCAGAUUCUGAAAGCAGAGUACGAGUUUGACUCUCCGUACUGGGAUGACAUCUCAGACUCAGCCAAAGACUUCAUCUGUCACCUGAUGGAAAAAGAUCCUUUGAAGAGAUACACGUGUGAGCUGGCCCUCCAGCAUCCCUGGAUAUGCGGCGACACGGCCCUGGACAAGAAUAUCCACGAAUCUGUCAGCGCACAAAUCAAGAAGAACUUCGCCAAAAGUAAAUGGAAGCAAGCAUUUAAUGCAACAGCGGUGGUGCGCCACAUGCGGAAGCUGCAGCUGGGCACUAGUCUCGAGGGACCCAGUCAGAUUACUCCCACCAGUCCCUGCCAUGGACAUCUGCUCCCAGAGGAAGAGGAGGAGGAGGAGGAUGACUUGGGGAAUGGGGAGGAGGAGAGCUAGAGAAUCGUGUCAAGAUGAGAAAGCUGGCGCUCUUUUUGGAAAUGGCUAUGAGGUCUGUGGUUCUCAGUGCGUGUGCUGUUGAGGAGAACGAGACGUACGAGAAGGGAAAUGCUGAAACGCCCCCUGUUCUGCUCUGCUCUGCUCUGCUCUUAACAUCCAGUGUCCCACUACGAGGACGGUCGCCGGGGAAGCAACGAGGGCAGCACAGAUCGGGACAGCCUGAGGAGCUGCACCUACUGCUGCCGGCCAGCCAGUCGCAUCUGAGCACAACCUCCUUUUUUUUUCUCUUUUUUUUUUUUUUGGUCACGGUGACAUUGUCAUUGUAUCCCUGGAGCGCCCAGAGCCCGUUCGCCCAGUCUGGCCAGGAAUGCAGAGUAGAUAUGAGGCAGAGAACAUCCACAGCCAGCAGGUCAGCUGUUACAUUGUGGAUAGAACAUACUGUAAGCCUUCAUCCAGAAAAACAACAAAAACAAACACAAAGUUAUACAACAUUUUGAACAUUUUGCAGAGUGGAAGAAGUUUUAAAGGGCCUCACUGUACGAUUAUCCGCAAGUAAACCCCACCAGUGCAAUUUCUAUACCAGAGUGUGGCCAUUGGGUGUGUGUCGUGCUAAAAGAGCUUUAUUCUGGAUGUUAGCUUCAGUGAGGAAAGACCAGGGCCCAAAGGCAGCCUCCUCCCUUUAUUUUUGCCCACACAUCAUCUGUCACAUCUACCUCUAAUCACAAUUAACCGUGUGUCCACAUCCAUCUGGCCCGCACAUGCUCUACAUGACUGGCAGCUUUGUCCAAGAAAAAUAAAUAAAAAUUAAAUAAAAAAUCUGGCCAGACAGGGCAAAAAGAGAAGGGGGGUGCUUUUAUUUAAAGGGAAACAGUGCUGAAAGCUACUCCUGCAUGUCUUUAUACUCUUCACCCACCCAUCCCAGUCAAGUAGCUUUUUUUUAGUCCUCAAGGUGUGUGUUCACUGCCGAUUCCACCCGUUUACUUCUGGUUUGAUCGCCCUAGCCCGCUCAUACUCGUCAUUAUUAAGUGUUUCUGUCUUUUAUUUAUUUUUAUUUUUUUUAUAAGUAUUUCCUCCUUUUGCUCAAAGCCUUUCUGGAAGGGACAAAGUGGAUUCUCGGGGGGGUUAGGGACUCUCUAUAUUCUGGCUCAGACUGGGUUUGUUGGAGGGCGGUUCUGACCUGAAGUGUGUGCAUGCUUCUGUUGGGGUGAGGGGUGGGGGCACCGAAAUGUAUGAAUAUCAAAAAGGAGACUCUUUUUUUGUUUGUUUGUUUUAUGGCUGUUCUGUUAUCAGAGGCUCAGACUGAGAUCCCCGUAAGCGCGUUAGGAAUCCAUCCCUCCUCCAUCAUGUUGCUCUGAAGGGGCAAUUACAUGGAGAAUCCACCGCGCGUGGGAAGAUUAAAACAGUCGCAUCCGUGUGUCGCCGCUCAUCCUCCCUGUUCUGUUCCUGACGAGAGCCCAAAUAUCCGCCAGCCCUGACGGUCUCUGCGUCUGGCUCCGGCCCGGCUCGAGUCGGGUCGGAGGGAUCUCAGUCUGGGCGCUCCGCCUGCUCUGUGCUGUGCACCUCUAGUGGAAGAAGUUUUGGUCUACUGUUUGCAUGACCUGGUUAAAUAUGUUUACAUGAAUGAUGAUCAAUUAGUAUAAACACACAUGAUUAUUAUUACUCUGUUGUAUUGAAAAAAAAAAUGAUGUAAUACUGUAAUUUUGAGCUAUAUAAUGUGAAGUGAGUAACACCAGAAGUAAUGUUGUUGAGAAAAUACAACACAGCACAGUGGACUUUUCAUUUGCAUCGACUGUGAGGGUCAAGUCUCUACCUGAGUGACAUUUCUCCUGUACUAUGUUUAUUGACAACUUUCUCCUUCUGUUUAUUGCUUUUUCCUACACAGAACCUCUCCAGUUAUUCACUCCUAGCCGACACCCAGACACUAUUAGGGGAAAAAAAAAACAAAAAACAUACACCAACCACAACGCACACUAUGAAAAGAGAAAACACAUCACCUGCCUGCCCGUAUGCGAGCUCCACAUCUGUCCUCCCGAGUAAAAGGCCUGCAGUACCAAAGCCAUACAGCAAAAUGGAGGGAUUUUACUGUAGAUUUAGACACGUCGCCAUUUUCUAAAUGCACGACUCAGAUGAAGGGCAGCCAUGACUCUGCAAGAGAUUUAACAUGGAAAAAUAAUAACAGCUAUCAAAGACUCUUUAAUUCUGAUCUGGAUCAUAACGUGCCAUUGUUAAAUUUAAGCAUAUUACGACAUACUGUGUUUUAUUGCUGAGCUUAGAGAGCUACCAAUCCAUCAGACAUCCCCCCCUUUAGUUGAAUUAAAACCACAAACCUAGUUUCCCUCCAUUUAUAACUGACACGUGCAGGUCCAUAGUACAGUAAAAGAAGGCAAUCACUCUGGAUUUUAAUGACUGUAAUUGUGGAAAAUAUGCAAACUGUGUUUGAAGGGCUUCAUGUUAACUGUAAGAUAGCCAAUGUUGAUGACUUUGAUAACCUGGCUAUUAUGUGUUUGGUAAUGACCUUCUGUUGAAACUUUCCUGAAAUUUGUUUCCACUUGGCUGUGUUUUGGUUUUUUGUUUUUUAAGAGAGAGAAAAAAAAGCUUCUAUUACCCAUUACAAACACAUCUAAAAUGCAUAAAGAAACACAUGUAUAUUAUAUAUAUAAAUAUAAGUAUAUAUUGUAUAUCCUUUUUUUGUAAAAGCUGUUUUGAGCUACAACUGUAUGGAUGCAAUGCAUCAUGGGUUAUUGAACAAGAAAAUAUGAUUUGUACCCACAAAGAUAUGAUUGCAGGAAAUGAAAUAAAACUUCCUUGUCUAUGCA